AUGCGCUGGUCGCUUGUCUUGCUCACCUGCUUCAUUCUGCAAUUCUUGGGUGUCGCCCUUGCUCUUCCAGUGAGCUCGGAAGACGGUCUCGUUCCCCGUGCUAGGGUCAGAUCGUCGAAGUCUGCCAAGGCUUCGAGCUCUACCUACAGGAAGAACGCUCUGAAGUCGAAGACCGAAUACGGGGUCAAGAAUAACAAACUUGUUGCCUCAAAGGUUCCCAAGGCGCGUGGCGCUGCCGCUUUGAAGGCACUGAAGAAGAAGGAUGCCGAUCAUAUCCUGGAACAUCAGGUCCUGAACAAAGCUCUCAAAGAUCAAGGGAAGAAGUUCAGCGACCUCAAACCGCCCACACAAAAAAAGGUUAAGGAUGCUUUCAACUCACACAAGAAUCUUGCAUACGUCGACAAGUCCAUCAACCGUUCGAAAGCAGCGGUUUACAAGGCUGCACUCAAGGGAAACAAGGUUCAAGCCAAAAAGCAUCGCGACGAAUACAUCAAGAAGACCUUCAGCCAUGCACAGGGUACCGCCAAAACUAUUGAUAAGACAUUGAAGGCUGAUGGACACAAGCCGAAUGUACACAGCACUCUCAUGGGUGCAGCGAAGAAAGCAGGCAUCAGGAAGCGAGAUUUCGAUGAGACCAGCGCCCCUGACGGCCUCGUAACUACCUUCGAGACCAAACGUCAACGAUCACAGUCGCAAUCUCCUAUCCAUGCAAGUAUUAUUGUGUGGGAUUACUGUUAG